AUGACCACGUACCAAGUCUCGUCGUUUGUACGAGUCGACACGCCAGGUGUCCGCCCCGCCCACCCACCUUCUUCUGCAAUUACUAUCAUCAAUGUACCACGCCUUUCCGAGCUGGACAAGAUCGGGAGGUGGAGCUCGGAAGGCGGAGGGACAAGUGGAACAAUCUUUGACCUAGUCGAUACCUCCGGACUAUCACUACACAGGGAUGUCAGCGGCGUUAUCAGUGCUGUUCCGCAACUGAAAAGGAGCAAUGUGAACGUGAUCGGUGACUUCCCCAAUACGCCGAUACGGACGGCCAUUUACGAUUGCUACAGCUCAUUCUUCUUUAGUCCAUCAAUAGGGUGCAAAUUCAUUAUCUUCCACUGCGCAUGCAACUGCACUGAGGGAUACAUUGGGCGAACUUACCGAACCAGUGGGACGCAGAGGUGGUGGCAUUGGGUAGGGAGCUGGUAUCCACGACUACGGCGCAGGCCACUACUCACAAAUAUAGUCCUGGUCGUCGCUGUCGUGACAGCGCUUUAUUCGAGUUCGAAGAUAGUGGUGUUAAAGGACGUGGCGGUGGAACGACGUCCUGUUGUUCCAUUAUUCUUCGUGCACCUGCCAUGCCUACCCAUUCAUGUUCACAUUCGUGGGAGCGAUAGUGGAGUGGGGGGCCGUGUGUCCGUGUUUGCCGGUGACGGGGUAAGGAUGGGAGAGAAACGAAUAUGGAGAACACGUUACAAGAGGAAAUUGCGCGAGUGGCAAGAAUUGGGACGUGUUGUGAUGUUACUUUCUGGCAGGCACGUCGCAACCUAA